AAAUCUCAGAUCUUUUCCUCAAAAUUUUCUGUAACCGUUAAUUAUUUAAGCCCAAGAUAACAAUAUACAUUUCAUCUAUUUAUUCACUCUUUAUUAAUUUGAUUCCAUGGAAAAGUAUAGGCCACUUGUCUAUAAGUUCUUCUCACCAUUUUGAUUGUAAGUUGUUCAUUCAUUAUAACUUAAUUCUUUUGAUUCAUUGUUUAUUUACAUAAGAAAGAUAAGAGCCUCUGACUGUUGGACAAUCAUUGUUUACACAAUGGAUUCCUCCAAUAACCACCUUGUGUUAGUGAUUCUGUUAACAAUUGCUCUUGUUUUAGGGGUGAAAGCAGCUCAUCUAAGCCGAGCGAUACCAUCGGAAGAAGAGAAGAACGAAAUGGAGAGGCAACUUAAAGCUAUCAACAAACCUCCAAUCAAGAGUUUUAAGACUGAACAAGGUGAAAUAUUCGAUUGUAUCGACAUUCACAAGCAACUAGCCUUUGAUCAUCAUCUGCUGAGAAACCACUCUAUUCAGCUAAAGCCAACAAGUGUACCUAAAUGGAUCACAUGCCACAACAAUUCACAAAAAAUUGGUCCUUUGGAGCUUCAGCUAAAGGGAAUAAGUUGUCCACAUGGAACAGUAAUUGUUAAAAGGACUACAAUCCAAGAUCUUAUAUACUCACAACAUUUGAAAUCCAUUGGAUUUAAUAUCCCUAGACAUGUCCUUAGAGACGGAAACAACAUUGAUUUGACUGGACAUCAUUUUGCAACGGCCGACUAUGAAUAUGACAACAUUGCUGGAGUCCAAGGAAACAUUAACCUCUGGGAUCCACAAGUGUCACAUGAUCAAGUUAGUCUUGCAACCAUGGCGAUUGCAGGCGGUCCAAUAAUCGAAGAGCUCUCCAGCAUUUCCGUUGGAUGGAUGGUGAAUUCAUUGUUGUACAAGGAUCACAUUCACUUAUACACCUACUGGACUGCAGAUGGAUAUAAUAAGACAGGCUGCUACGACAUAAGAUGUCCUGGAUUCGUGCAAGUCAGCAAGAGAAUACCACUUGGUGUCCUUCUUCAGCCAGUUUCAAUUUAUAAUGGUACACAAAAAGAAAUGGACUUAAGCUUGCAUCAGGAUCGUGUCACGGGAGACUGGUGGCUUAUAUUUGGAGGAGUGAAUGUUGGGUAUUGGCCACAGUCAUUGUUCAUAGCCUCAGGCUUAGUUAAAGGAGCAGAUCUUGCAUCUUGGGGAGGUCAAGUGUACAGUCCAACGACUGAAAAGAGUCCAAUUAUGGGCAGUGGGCAUUUUCCUAAGGAAGGCUUCGGAAAAGCAGCCUUUGUAAACAAUAUCCAUAUCCUCAAUGGUAAGGGAGAAGCUUUGAUUCCACAAAUCUACACUAUAAAGACACAUGAGAGCACUCCAAAUUGUUAUAAAGCCAAGUAUGUUCAUGAUGAUGAUGAACCUUGGAUAAGAGCUGUUUACUAUGGAGGUCCUGGAGGAUGCAUAGGGAAAUAAUAUUCUAUGAACUGAAGAGUUUACAAGAUUUUAAAAAUUAUAGAUGAAGCUAAUAGGAGAAAUUAUACAGAUUUCUAACAUAUCCAAGCAUUACUUAUAUGCUUUCAUCAAUAAUCAAAAUCAAGUUUCACAAUUUCAGAACUUUUAGUAUAUGUUUAUUGAGCAUUGGACUGAGUGCAAAAAAAUUCACCUAAAAGUACAGAGAGAAAAUCGUACAUUUCUUGUCUACAAAAUCAUGUAAUUAUAAGAUCAAGGAACUGCUAUAUAAGUAGGACAUAAAGUAUAAUUGCUAUUGACUAGAAGUUCUAAGCAAAUCAAUAAAUUUCUUCCAAACUG